UUCGUCACGUCGGUGACGUUCAGAUACUUCCUGUUUGACCCAGAACCACAUGUGUAGAUCCUACUCUCUUUUCCAUUUGUUUUGGUGCAGCUACACGUCAUUAUGCGAUGUUAGCGAGAUGUUUAGUUGAUCAGUCAUCAUUAUGCAUCUAGAGCGGACCUGUAAUCGGAUACAACUAACACAUUUCGAGCAUCUUUUCGUUGGAGGCAUCAAGCAGAUCUAAUCUCGUAUCACUAAUCACUAUUUCUAACGCUAGCUAACGUUACACAAUGACAGGAGUGCACGAUUCUCUAACUUUGACUCGAUCCGAUGCCAUUUCUGAAGUUAUAUCAGCGGAGUCAUUCCACGUUGUCCUGGAAACAUCCCCUCCAGACUAUGUGGAGAAAAUAUCGCGGUAUCUUGAGUCUUCUGCAGGACAGAGCAGACAGGAUACAGUAUCUAAUGAACCCGCUGAAAGUGAUUCAGGAGACAGCCUGUUCAUAACUCAGAAGCCAGUACCUGAGGCUGUGAGAUCAGCAAGACCACGCUACAGCUCGAGGUCAGACCCCAUAUCUCCCAGAGUUCUAGAAGAAGGUGAAGAUGACACUUCAUCGUCCGCUUCCUGUGGAGAAUCCAAAACUGACAAAAAGAGGAGAAGGAAGAAAUACAGACUGCCAAAAUACAGUUUCCCUUUCCUCUCAGGGAGGAAGUGGAAGCCUAGAAGCACGCUGUUAGCUGUCCAGCAGAACACAAGCCUUCAUCAUUUUGCGAUGGGAGGCUUUUUUAAAUGUGUCACAGAGCUGUGGCAGGACAAUCAAAGAGGAGAUCAUCUGGAGUCAUCUUUACCAACAGUUGACAUAGAUGGGGAUUCCAUAUCUCCGUUGUCAGAAGAAGAUAGAGAAGAAGAUGAGGACAUCAAAGUGGUGGAAAAGAAACGGUUUGUGGUACCAUCAAAAGCAAAGAGCCGACAAACCUGGUGCAACCAGUUAAAACAACAGAGGGGGAGGAAAGCUGGUAAUGCCAGACAAGAGACCUCAUGUAGGAGACAGUGGAAGACGACGUUACAUAAAAUACCAGCUAAGGCAUCAAUAUCGAGGGUUACAGUGUCGUCUUCGGAUACAGAAAACUCUGAUGAUGGAGAGUCACCUUGUAGAGUUCUGGUUGAGAGGGAGAGGAAUGAUGAACGCUUAACAAGCGACGGAAACUUUCUGGCCCAAGCACCAAAGACAAACGGACGUCUUACCCGACAGAAAACGAAGAAUCUGUUUCAGCAAAAAGCAAGGGAGGAAGAGUUGUGUAACGACAGAGAUGCUACAGUUUGUGAGCCGCAUAAGCUACAGAGAAGUCCAAGGCAAGACACACAGAAAGGCAGAGAAGCAUCCACAACUGUAACAGAGCCUCAAACUGAUGUUUUCCUCCCAGACGAUCUAUCCCAGACAGGACAGGCAGAGGAGGAGCCUGAAAGCCAAAAUCUCUUCCACAGUCUCCCAGACCUUAUAAGUGACACUAAUACUGAUAGGGUAUGCAGUGAAACCAGGGUAAGGAAGAGGAAAAAGAAGAAAAAAGACAAAGGAGAUGAUGAAAGUGUAGAAGAAGAAAAGGGCCAGAGUCAGGAAGAGCCUGAGGGUCUGCAUGCUGCAACAUCUGUGAAUGGGAAGGUAGAAGAGACUCCCAGCCUGUCUGAGGACAAUAUGGAAAAGCCUCUGGCAUCCCAGACUAGUGACGAGCUGGAAUAUAAUGGAAACAAUUGGAUGGAGAACUCGUCACAUGACGAUAACAUACUGAGACCGAGGGAGAGAGACAUCCCUGAUUCAAAACAACAGAAAAAGAAGAGAAAAAAGAAUAAGUCAGCAGCAGAAAAUGUCAGACAAGAAGUGGAGGGAAACUCAGAAUCCGUUGUGAGAAUGGAGGAUUCUGUGUUUUCAGUGAGUUGUAACGUGGAGAAUGGCGGCAAGGAGAAGAAGAAGAAGAAGAAGAAGAAAAGAAAUGUUGAGGAUGAUGAGCAGUUACAGCCCAGCGCAGUUGCCGAACCUCCUAUUGAUGAUGCUGAGAUACAGAAGAAAAAGAAGAAGAGGAAAAAAGAAGAGAGGAUUGUAAUUACAGAGGAAUGUGAAGAAGAGGAAGCAUCGAAUAGGACUUUAAGUUUGCCGCCAAUGUCAACAGGACAGUUAGAGGAGUCAGGAAAUUGUUUAGAAAACACUGCAGCUUCUCAAGAAACAUUUGAAUCCAGUUAUGUCAAAAGAAAAAAGCACAAAAGGAAGCAACAGUCAUCCUUUAAUGAGGCUACUCGAGAUGGAGAAGAGGGUGUGAGCUUUUCUAAUGAUACUGUAACCUUGGCUAAAAGUACAGGGAUGUCACUGAAAAAGAAGAAGAAGAAGAAAAUCUCUGAGGGGGUAGAUAUCGCUCACACUCCUGAUGAAAAUGAAAAGGUUGAAAAUGUAGAUAAUACCCGGAAAACAAAGGAGGGCCUUGAAGACCAAAGUGCUGAACUAGUGACUAAGAGGAAGAAGAAGAAGAAGAAGAAGAAGAAAAAGAAGAUGAGUGGAAUAUCUAGCAGGGAUAUCUCCGAAGACAAUGUGGCACAAAGCGAUGAUUCUGUGUCUGUGCGGGAAAAGGAAAAGAAGAGGACUUCAUCCUUCCUCGUUGCUGAUGCAGAGGAAAACGUUGCUCAGACUCACGGGGAACAAAACUUCACUUCACAGUCUGUGGAUGCUCAUGUCUGGGGUGCAGGAAAACCUGGUGUCAGCGCUGGUGAUUUUGAGACUGAAUCUGCAGAAAUCACUGGAAACAUGGAGGAAUCUAAUGAUGGGGUCAGCAAAAAGAAAAAGAAGAGGAAGAGGAAGAUGUCUGUAGCGCAGGACAGUGUGGAAACAGAUCACGGGCAGGAUUUUGAGGAACCAAACAGAACAUGUCAGAGUGCUUUGCCUGAAACCACUGACACGGGGGUGAAAAGGAAAAGGAAAAAGAAACGUAUGGGAAAUGAAAGUGAGUUGGUGACCCCCGUGGAAAGAUUGAAAAGUGCAGCAGAUGCGGGACAUUCUCCAACUGAUGAGGCUGUGGUGUUGAUGAAGAAGAAGAAGAAGAAGAAGUGUAAGGAUGAGCCAUGCCAUGUGGUGCAAGAGAGUCCACCAAGGACAAAAGGCAAAGAGUUGACCCUUCCUUUGGUUGCGAAGGGCAAACGUGGUCGCAGUGUUGACUUAUCUCAUGAUGGCAGUACUUCUGACCAAGCGAUGGAAAUACUGAACAUGGUCGAACAUGCUCCACCAUCUUCAGAGACACCUGGAAAUCAGGCAUUAAAUGGUAUGAGAGAGAAGAAAAAGAAGAAAAAAAUGAAAUCCACUGAUAAUGUUUUGCUUGAGGGGAAAUCGUUGACUGAGUCUGCUGAGUUAGAGCCCCAAGAAAACAAAAAGAAGGAAAAGAGGGAAAGAAGUAAGCAAUCGGCUGUCCCCAAUAUCAUAUCCAGCAGCCCUAAGUUAUCAGAGACUUCUCUCUCAAAAUCUGAACUGUCGUCUUCAGACAGAAUCAUGAAAAACAAGCACGUAAAGGUCAAGCGGAGACUUCAUAAUCCUAGUGAGGACUUCCUUACAGACUAUUAGUAUGAGCUCGCUGAUUUAAGGAGUUGUAGACAAAGUGACGGAGUUUGAUCAGUAAGAGGAAAUGUCAACAGUCACCUGAACGUACAAAAUAACUGUUGCAGCUGCUUCUAACAUGAAGCCGUCCAUCUGUUUAGAUGGACAGUGUUAAAGUUACAAGUGAAAAUGUGACAGUUGUGAGGCGUUUUUACUAUUUAGGCUUAUAUAGGCUAAUUAUAUUUUGUUUUGUAUCAAAGCGUUUUUACUUACAUGACAAUCUUUUUGGUGUUGACAUGAACUCUGGAAAUAUAUGGAGGAAAAAUGUCAGGUUUGUAAAUUAAAUUAAUUGUAAUCCAUUUGUUGUGAACACUUUUUUUUUUUUUUCACACUCUUGAAUGUGAAACAGAAUCCCAGAGAAUACUUAACCACAGUGUCAACUAACUUCACUGGUAUAAAUCUGAACACCUAGCCUGCCACCCAAUGAGAGAAAAGGGCAUUCACUGUCGGACAGUAGAGGGAAAUGAUAUCUUUCCUUGUCCUUGCCCUGUUUUGAGCAUUUUUCCCUGCAGCUGCACCUUUAGUAGAAAGCAAAAACCUUUUCAUUUGAUGAUUUGAAAGAAUUCAUGGUUAAGUAAAAUUCUCAUUUAUUAUCUUAUGAGAGGUAGUACUGUUGUACAAAUGAAGCCUGCCAAACCCUGAACUUUUACUUGUUCUGUUAAUGGUGUUUGAAAUUCAAAUGAUAGCAACCUGUGCACUUUUACUGCGUAUGAUCUGAUAGUCUGAGUGACUCUCAGUGUUUGUAUAGCUGUAACAAAGUGCACCUUAGGCGAGAACCCUUCAUGGAGUUAAUAGGUAAUACUGUGCCACACCUUUUAGGUAAAACAUUUUCAAGAAAGUAGAUGUGUUCUCUGGAAUCUAAUUAGUCGUUUAACUAAUAUGCUAAAUAUUAUCAGUUUUGCAUAAUUAAAAUGUGUCAAAGUUUAAAAAAUCA